GUGAAACGAAGACUCUUUCUUUGAUGAUAAAUUAAUUGUUGAUUGAAAUCUGGAAAAGUGUCCCCUGAUAGCAAAAGCACUGGGUGAGAUACAGCAUGCAAUAAAUAGAGAGAAAUAUUCAAGUGCUUCCCAGUUAAUUUCAUACUCCAUCUAUGAUGAGUUCAGAGAAACAGAGAGAGAAAGAGAAAACUAUGGUUGUUGCAGAACAUGUUGAUGUUCUUCCAUUAACUUUUGUGGUUCACUUUCUAGCAAUUCCUGCUAUUGUUCUGGUUCUGGUUUGGAGCAUACACUUCAGGGGUGGCUUGUCUUUCAACUCUUCCAACAAAUCUCUCCUUUUCAAUAUUCAUCCUGUUCUUAUGCUAAUUGGAAUAAUAAUUAUUGGGGGGGAAGCAAUUAUAAGUUACAAAGCUCUACCUUUCCAGAAGAAAAGCAAGAAAUUGAUACACCUUGUCCUGCAUGCCAUGGCACUAAUACUUGGAAUAAUUGGAAUUUACGCUGUCUUCAAGUUUCAUAAUGAAAUGGGAAUUCUCAAUCUCUACAGUUUGCAUUCAUGGCUCGGAAUUGGUGUUAUAGUUCUCUACGGAAUUCAGUGGAUAUUUGGGUUUGUGAUGUUUAUCUACUACCAUGGAGUGAAUUCAUCUCUGAAAAGCACAACACUUCAUUGGCAUGUGAAAAUUGGGCUCUUCGUUUAUGUGUUGGCUGUUGCAACUGCUUGUCUAGGGUUUCUGGAGAAGCUUACUUUUAUGCAGAGUUCAGGAUUGGCAAAACAUGGUUCUGAGGCCAUUCUUGUGAACUUCACUGCCAUUAUCACAAUCUUCUAUGCUGCCUCUGUUGUCUUUUCUGCUGUCUCUCCCUCCUCAACAACGCCACAUCACUAAGCACCAUCACUUUUUUUUUGUUUUAAUAAGUUUUUGUCAUGCUUGCCACUGCAAAAUAAGUAUUGAAAUGUGAUUACGAUGAAUAAUGUAUAUUUCCAGUGUUCUCUUUUUAUUUGGUUUUAUUAUCCAUAGUAAUUGUUUCGGGUA